GUAGGAAGAUAGACAACAUAUAACAAUAAAGUAUGAAUAUGCACAAACAAUGAGAGUACAGUAUAUGACUAGUGUUAUAAACUGGUGUUCAUGGGGUCUGUACUGUAGGUCUUUAUCGCUCUUCACUCUCUAUUAGAUGAGCACUUUUAGUGUGUUGCGACUCUCUGUCUUUAGGUUUGUUUAUUCUCGGGCUCGUCACAUCAAAGCGCUCACGCGCUCCGAGCAUCAUCGCGCAUUUCAACGCAAGUUUCACCUUGGCUCGCCUGAAGUUAAACUUUAUAAAACUAUUAACAGCUUUUCAAAACAACCUGACUUCUGAAAUACGUGUUGAGAAUGAGCUUUUUUAAAUGCUGGCGCAGAUCCCUGCACGAGCACUGCGGGUGAGAGAGAACGCGCCGGACUGGAGCGGAUCACUAAACUACAGACUGAAAGAAGGUCAAAAGAAUGUUUGAUUCGUUCGUUUGUUACGGGUGGAUUAAUUCAUUAGUUUUUUUCAGAAUAGCGCCUAAUUUGCAGAGCGCCGAGUUAACCACGCCUACUUCCGCGGAACACACGGAAUAGAAAAAUCUCUUACGGUUGACAUUUUAUUCCGCGGUAACGGAAUAUUCCGUCAUUCCGCCCAGCCCUAGUGUCUUUCAUUAUGACGUGAAUCUUUGAACCGUUUAAUUUGAUAGCAAUUACCCAAAGUUUAUCCCUAUGUUUCUACAUUUGAGCGAACUGCACAUUAUCAUAAAACGGAUGUGAAUUUUUGCGGGCUGAAUGCAGUUGUGUGUUCAGGACAGGCACCUGCGGGAGGCGGGCUCGCAGUUUGUGGGAUGUUCUGAUGGGCGUGGACAGAGCUCGAAACCCCGCCCAUUUCCCAGCUCAGCAUCAUAAGAAGGGACCCGUCUGCGCUGAAUUGCUGUAGUUUGCUGGAGUUGAACAUUGGACAUCUAAAAAAAACACACCAAGCUUCCUACAUUUCUGUUUGUGGAAAAUAUUUUUCUAUUGUAGAAAACAGCCCGUAAUUGAGAUUUUUGAGGAACUUUCAAAAGAUGCCACGUUCAUUUCUGGUCAAGAAGUAUUUCUCCAACAAGAAGCCUAACUACAGUGAACUGGCGAGUCAAAGUGAUGAACGCUGUGCAAAUGUCCCACUGUGUUUCCCUCCGUAUGAAAAUGCCACUAUAAAAGAUGAUUCUCUGGUGCCCACCUACCCCUCUCUGCUUGUGUGGAGCACUGGCGCCUUACCUCUUAGCUCUCCUCCUGGGCCUCUGGACCUGAGCUCUCAGUCCAGCUCCAGCAGCGGAGAGGAUGACGACUGCCGCACGUCCGAUCCACCCAGCCCGGAUCCCACCGAGCGCUUCCAGUGUGCCCACUGCGGAAAGAGCUGCAGCAGCCCGGCCACUCUGUCUUGCCACCAGCUCAGGCACUGUACCGCCUGUCCGGAAGCGUGCAUCACCGUGGCGGCAGUCUCCAGCACCGCCACGAGGCCAGCAUUUCACUGCAAGCACUGUCCCAAAGAGUACAACAGUCUUGGGGCCCUGAAAAUGCACAUCCGUUCACAUACGCUGCCAUGUGUGUGCACCACAUGUGGAAAGGCAUUCUCCAGACCCUGGUUACUGAGGGGACACAUUCGCACACAUACCGGUGAACGUCCCUUCUCCUGCCCCCACUGCAAUCGCGCAUUUGCCGACCGCUCAAAUCUGCGCGCUCAUCUCCAGACGCAUUCCGAGGUGAAGAAGUAUCAGUGUGGAACGUGCUCUCGUACCUUCAGCCGCAUGUCCCUCUUGCACAAACACACGUUCUCUGGAUGUUAUCCAUCUGCCUAGAGGAAAAGACAUCCUCAAGUAUCAUGCUGGGAUGGUGUAAGCCAUACAUGAAUGUUUGAAUUCGAACGCUGUCCAGUGCCUUACCUUCCACAAGCCAAAGGAGAGAUUGUUAUUUUUCUACCAGUUGUAGUUUUAGACAGACACUUGCCAUGUCUGCGAUGAAGGUUUGCUACAUGCCGACUGAAUUUUUUCGUUGUACUUUUGGCUCUCUGUGGAUUCCCAAGAUGCAACUCGGUGCCGGCUGGUCCCGAACCGUGAGGGGGCAGCUGCUAGAGUAUGUGUGUGUGUGAUCAGAGGUCAUCUCUCAGCGAGAUCUCCACACACUUACAGGGAUGUAUUGAGACAGCUGUCGCUGUGCCGACCUGUCCACUAAAGCUCGCAUGGUUGUUGGCUUGCUGUUUCAGCCCUUCUGUGAUGAUGACUGAAGACCAUACCGUAACCAAAGGCCUGUUUUUAUAAGAAGUUUGAUUAGAUUUUGGUAUUUUGUUUGGAGUAAUCUGAACAUCACUCAGCGCCGCCGCCUCCUGAGUUUGUCAUUUGAGCCUUGAAUCUGUAAUACAUUUCAAAUUGUGUUGUAAAGUGUACUCUUAAAGAUUUUUAAACCACCACACAAGAUUGUUGUUUGCCUUUGAAAAUUAAUUGGAAAUGUACAGUCUCUGAUGCCUGUAUCAUCUGGGACAUAUAUAUAUUUCAAAGUCACAAUGAUAUAUGAAGCCACCUGUCUACAUAUAGUUGAUGUUGGUCCUAUAACAAAAACCAAAUGCUAUGCAGUUUUUUUGAUUGUGUCUAU